UCAGCCACCAUCAUUCGUUCGUGGUCGCUCAAUCGAAGUAGUCGCGCGUGUUGGCAGCAGCAACAGCACCCAUCAAAAGUACUCUCUGGAACUAACUUGAUAGUAGUAAGCUGUGUGAAGAGGAUUCUUCUGGCUUGAUUUUGCGACUCGGAACCGUAAAGCUCUUCGAAUCAAUAUGUGCGACGAAGAAGUUGCUGCGCUCGUUGUUGACAACGGAUCCGGUAUGUGCAAGGCCGGUUUCGCCGGAGAUGAUGCCCCACGUGCCGUCUUCCCGUCCAUCGUCGGACGCCCACGUCACCAGGGUGUGAUGGUCGGUAUGGGACAGAAGGACUCGUACGUAGGUGACGAGGCCCAGAGCAAGCGUGGUAUCCUCACGCUGAAGUACCCAAUCGAGCACGGUAUCGUCACCAACUGGGACGAUAUGGAGAAGAUCUGGCAUCACACAUUCUACAACGAGCUGCGUGUUGCCCCCGAGGAGCACCCAGUGCUGCUGACAGAGGCCCCCCUUAACCCAAAGGCUAACCGUGAGAAGAUGACCCAGAUCAUGUUCGAAACCUUCAACACACCUGCGAUGUAUGUCGCCAUCCAAGCCGUGCUGUCGCUGUAUGCUUCCGGUCGUACCACUGGUAUCGUGCUCGACUCCGGUGACGGUGUCUCCCACACUGUCCCAAUCUACGAAGGUUAUGCGCUGCCACACGCUAUCCUGCGUCUGGAUUUGGCCGGUCGCGAUCUGACCGAUUAUCUUAUGAAGAUCCUGACUGAACGUGGUUACUCAUUCACCACCACUGCCGAGCGUGAAAUCGUUCGUGACAUCAAGGAAAAGCUCUGCUACGUUGCGCUUGACUUCGAGCAGGAAAUGGCCACCGCUGCCUCGUCCUCCUCGCUGGAGAAAUCCUACGAACUGCCCGAUGGACAGGUCAUCACCAUCGGUAACGAGCGUUUCCGUUGUCCGGAAGCUCUGUUCCAGCCAUCAUUCCUGGGAAUGGAAGCCUGUGGCAUCCACGAGACCACCUACAAUUCCAUCAUGAAGUGCGAUGUCGACAUCCGUAAGGAUCUGUACGCCAACACAGUAUUAUCCGGUGGUACCACCAUGUACCCAGGUAUUGCCGACCGUAUGCAGAAGGAAAUCACCGCCCUCGCCCCAUCCACAAUGAAGAUCAAGAUCAUUGCCCCACCAGAGCGCAAAUACUCGGUUUGGAUCGGUGGUUCCAUCCUGGCCUCUCUGUCGACCUUCCAGCAGAUGUGGAUCUCCAAGCAGGAAUACGACGAAUCCGGCCCAUCCAUUGUCCACAGAAAGUGUUUCUAAGCAUUUCGUUAUCUUAUUUACACUAACCACAACAACAGCAACAGCAACGGCAACAACACAACUCGCCCUUGUCACCAACAUCUCGACCAGGGGAGCUCAUUUCCAGCGAGAAGCUGCUGUUUCACUCCCAUCUUGCUGCCGGAAAUGAUCUUGUUGUGUUGUUCGUUUGACUCACUGAAACACGAGUCAAAACACACAACACAUUAAAAAAAAACUUAAAAAUAAAAGACAAUUCCUGUAUUAUUACUUAUAAUAA